AUGCGCUUCUCAUCAUGUCUGCUCAUUGUGGGCCUGUCCACCAGUGUCCACGCCUUUUAUCCCUAUGAGAUUAAGGUGCAAGCUUCUGCUAGCAUCUCAUCCCGGGAUAAUGAUAAUGUCUUUCGUCGAUUCUUUCCCUGGAAGCUCGUAUCGGACAGCUCGGACGACGCGGAUGCCAAGCCAUUGACUCUCGACAUUAAGAAGGUUCCCGUUCGCCGUGCUGAUACCUAUAAAAUCGUCAAGUCCAACACUCCGACACUAGCAAACAGUGCUGCCCUGGACCAGGAUGGCGAGGACUUUUCCUAUUUCUCCGUGGUGCAGGUAGGCUCGCAGAAGAAGGAAAUGUGGCUCGCUCUCGAUACUGGAUCACCCAGUAGCUGGGUAUUCAGCUCCGCCUGUACCGACCCGGUCUGCACGACUCACCACACAUUUGACAAGUCCUCCUCUAGCUCCUACGUUUCGAAUUCCUCAACCUUCAGUGUUGGUUACGGUAGCGGAAACGUCAAGGGCGACUUGGGACAGGAUGUUUUCAACCUUGCCGGCAUGGAUGUGACCUUUUCAUUCGGAACGGCUACCUUUGCCAACGAUACGUUUUCCAACUACCCGCUCGAUGGUAUCCUUGGUUUAGGUCGAUCACAAACUGGCGGCUGGACUAUUCCAUCGUUCAUGGAUGUCGUUGCUAAAAACAAGUACAUCACCUCGAAUAUCGUCGGAUUCAGCCUCUCCCGUGCUAUCGAUAACAAGAAGGAUGGAGAAGUCAACUUUGGAACGGUCGAUACAACCAAAUUCGAUGGGAAAAUCUCCUACACUGCCACUAACUCGGAGGCCUGGACCAUUCCCAUGGAUGAGGUCUACGUGAAUGGGCAAGCUCUCGGCUUGACCAACAGGGCUGCCACCAUCGACACGGGCACCACUUACAUCCUCAUCCCCCCGGCCGAUGCUAAGACCCUCUUCGCUCGUAUCCCGGGAUCCUUCCAGUCGGAGGAAAACUACAUCAUCCCCUGCAACUCGACCGCAACAUUGGAGCUUUCCUUUUCGGGCAUCAAGUACACUAUCUUGCCGGAUGACUACAUCGGUGCAUCCAGCACUGGUGGCUGUGUGUCCACCAUUGUCGGCCAUCAGUCAUCGGGUCCCAAUGACUGGCUUGUCGGAGAUGUAUUCUUGAAGAAUGUGUACUCGGUCUUUGACUUUGACAACGGUCAAAUCGGGUUUGGAACUCUGUCCUCGUCCAACUCGACUGGAAAUGGAACCUUUGUCGCACCACCUGUGACUGCUACUACUACUGCCGGCGCUGGUGCUGGUGCUACUGCCGCUGCCGCUGCCGCUACCACUGUCUCCAAUUCUGGAUCCACCACCAACUCCUCAAUUACCCCGGCGACGACGACCACUGCGGAUACAGUGAUGCACACUGGCGCGGCAUCUCGUCUGUCCCAGGGCGUGGGUCUCUCCCUGCUCACAGCCAUCACUGGGCUGCUCUUCAUCUAG